CGUUUCGCCGCGAAUAUCACCCGACAAACGUCUCGUCCAUCCCAUUUCCCUGCGAAACGAGUUGUGCGACAAUCGAUCCCCCUCUUGUAUCAUGCCAUUUCAAUCAUCGACAUCCUCUUUUGCCUCGGCUCUACACGGUCUGAGGUCAGCGCACGCCAUGAAACAGGCCCUGCAAGAUCCACUGAAUUUCGACUUAACGUCGCCCGAUGUCGCCGGUGUACCCUCCCCUCUUCGCACGAAUCCUGCCCGGGAAGACGACGAUGACGAUCGCGAGCGCGUGAAUGAUAUCCGCCCGCGCUGCGACUCCGGACAGUCCAUCCCUACGAUCUGGAGAAACGAGCCAGGCACUGUCACCGCCAGCGGAGGACGCAAGCGGAUGUGCACGGAACCUAGCCCCGUUUUCGUGAAACGCAAGACGGCCCUUAAGAGGUCCUAUGCCGUGAGGGAUCUACGGUUCGAUGGGUAUGGCCACGACGAGGGUCAUUCGCAUGGAUUGGGCGAGUUUAACGGCAUAGAGGGUAGCACUCUAGUAAUUCCUACCCGUAAGGAUGAUGGCCCGGCUGCUUGGGUGGCCCCGGAUCGACCGAUGGCUACGCUGCCGAUGAGGGCUCGAGGGACGAGGUUUAAGGAGAUCAUCGACCUCAUUGCAGAUCAAGAGGCCGCCAAAAACCAAAACUUGAUCGCCCGCUCGGCCUUUGGGGCUUUGGGGCUCUCCGCACGGUUCGAGGUGUCGAUCAAGAUGAAGGCCAAAGACAUCGUGAUGUGGGAUGUGGACUUGAACCAGACGUACGCUCUUGAAGGCAUGCUCUACGUCAAGGACGCGAAGGCUCAAACUACCCGCUUUCCUCUGUCGCCCGUCGACUCCAUAUCCAUCGACUGGCGCACCGUCGAUUCGUGCCAACGCGUCCCCAGCAUGGCGGACGACGCCAUCUACGCGGCGUCCUUCCGUGGGGGCGUGGUACCCUCGCUGACGCGCGAUGAAGUCCUCCGGGACAUGGACCCCGCGAAUGGCAUCUGCAAGGACGUCCGUUGGGAGCGAAUCCCGCCGAGUAUCGCCGGCACUGGUCGCGGUGGCGACUGGGCGCUGCGAUUCUGGGUGCCGGUGCCUCUGUGGAUUCUCAAGGGGCGGGACGUGGCGCGCUCGCUCAUCAGUGCGAGCGUCGUCUUCCGCGAUGGAGACAACGACACGUUCACCGCCGAUGCGGGCACUGUGGAUGUGACGAUCGAGCAUCGCGUGCCAGUGUGCGCGCAGGAUAGGAAGGUCUUUGGGAGGUCGUGACGCUCCCGCGACGACCGGAAAUGGAAUCAUCGGUGUUUGAGGUUCGCAGUGCCGCAAGAGCAAUCAAUCGUCUAUGUUGUCCCGUCUGUUAUCGUUUAUGCUACCUCCUUGCAUCGCUGUGUACAUUGCUCUCAUCUCCUGUCUGCUCUAUGUAGUGCCUAGUCUAAUCAUCGCCCUUCCCAUAAAAAUCUGUAUAUACCUGAC